GCCCGGUUUUUCUGCUGUCUCUCAACGUGCCCUGAAGUUGAACGCAGACUCUGGCCAACUCUACACAUGUCGUGCAAUAUCCACCCUAACAUCGGGGUCUUUCUGCAUGCACACUGGGAGACCGCUGGAUACGUCCCUAUGCGCUGCUCUUGUCCUGCCAUAGUGCUGCGAGCAUAUGGCGUUGCGACACAGAGAGGCCAGUCACAAUGGCAAAAUGUCGGCAUCCCGGUUGCUGAAUCGUCAUCGGCGGGGAUUUCAAGUGUCUUCAGGUCUGAGGUACUCAACGUCACUGGCGUCGGGGAGUUCUGUGUCUACGCUGCGUACGCUUCAUGCGGCGGGGGCUUUGCUGGCAGUGGACUCCCGCAUCCCUCACAAGUCAGUGGUGCCGAUGCGCGGAGAAUGCAGUCAGCAGCAGCAGACGCACCAGAGACCGAGGUGCCCUCUGUCGUCGUGGGUCAAUACACUGGUCCACUAGAGGCCGCACAAGAAGCGAGGACGGCUGUACAUGCCAACGCCACAAUCGGCGAUUUACGGAGUCAGACGACUCUGCAUGCCACUGGCGACGUCCUGAACACGAUGGGAGAACCGCAGGCUAUACCGGAAGGACAGGCCACACUGAACUUGCGGGACAGCGGAGGCAACGGCACCGUGCAACAACCUGCGGACAAUACUCCCGCAGAUCCGCGGGACACGGUCGUUUGCAUGGAAUUGAAGGACGGUAUGGCGUGCAACAAAACAUUCCCCAGCCGAACCUCAUUGGGACGCCACGUCCGGAAUGUCCAUCAACAACCUUUCCCAUGGGCCUGCUCCAAGUGCGAUAAGACGUUCAGCCGAAAGGAUGCGCUCAAGCGACACAAUGAACGCGUGGUCUGCUCGACGGCGUACCCUGGCGGGGUUCGACAUGGCCAUUCGAACGCUCAUAAUUUCGGUAUCCCUUUCAGUCCGCAAGUCGUCGCAGAAUAGAUAUGAUAUGUGGCAUGUUUCUCUGAGAUGUGUGUAGCCUACUUCGCUGUUUUCGCCUGAAUACGGUCAUAUGGCGUAUGAUCAACUGUCAUGGCGAUGCUCUGUGACUUUACGAAACAGAAGCUAUGUUAUGGGUAUCUGAGAGUCUAUAUAUGCA